UCUUCUUUCAAGUAUUAUUUUUCUCUAGUGGCCAUAGAUAUUUGAUGAUCUGAGUCCAUGGGUAAGGUCAGGAGGGGUAAUAUCUCAGCUCAUCCAUCAUAUCAUAAGCUGAGAGUUGUCCUUGAUUGUUGUUCUCUGAUGACCAUAGAUAAUGAUGAUCAGAAUCCUUGGGCAAGGCCAUAGGAUAAUCAUCAGCUCUCACUGAUCAGACAUGCUGAUUGGGCCAGCAUAUGCUAGAACUAUUAUGAUUCCGUCAUUGUCUUUCAAGCCUCCGUCCAUGCUGGAUUCUUCAGGAUUUCCUAGUAUGGAAUAUUCAAAAUUUAGCUUGAUGGAGUUCUAACUAUGAUUUGACCACAACGAAAUUGCUUCAGCUUGAUUUGUAACUCACUUCCUCAAUGAUUGACUUUACCAUGACUGAGAAGAUCUCCAAUAUAUGUGCCCAUACCACUGUGAUAGUAACAAACUCAGUUGUUGCCUGAUAUUAUCUUGCUUUGGAUUGUUCCAGCAUUCUUCUUUCUGCAUAUUCUUCACAGAGUUGCAUGAAUUUACAUCUCCACUUGACUUUGCACCUGACACCAAGUAAAAUUGAGAUUGGGGUGGGUUUUAAACUCAGGUUUCAUUACAUCUGAGCCAUACCUUUAAAUCUAGCUAGAUCAGGGGUUAAUAAGGUGGUGGUAUACAGCUGGAACUAAACUGUUAUAAACGUUUUCUAUAUGCUGUAAUCUUUGUACAAUUUUGGAUAGACUCACGUUGUUUUAUUUAGAUGUCCACUCCAUAUGACACACCCUUUUCUCUGAAUGCAUUUCAUUUUUGCUUCUUUAUCAAUUAAUCUUAAUUUUUACCACAGAAAAAUAGAUAAGUAAGUAGGAAAAAAAUCCUAGAAAAGCUGUCUAGUGAAGCUCUAUGCUAAUAUGCCACUUUUUGUGCCAUUUCAGAAAAUUGACAAUUUAACUACUGCAUAAAAAUUAAUGAUACGAUAUGUAAUGGGAAAUACUUAUAAUAAAAAAAUCAUCUUUCUAAUGUCAGGGCAAGUUGAAGAUACAGUAGAAAAUGGCCUCACAAAGCCUUUGCUUUUACGUUCAGAAGAGAAGGAACAAGAUGAAGAUGAUGACCAAGAAUGCGAUGGUAGUGAAGAAGCUUCUGAGGAAUCACACAGACCUGCUGCUUCAAUUAAAUCUGCAUAUCGCUUGCUUACACCAUCUGUUAAGGUCCAGCUAUUGAUAUAUUUCAUGCUCAAAUAUGCAAUGGAGAUUUUACUUUCUGAAUCUAGUGUCAUUACAUCAUACUACUUUAGUUGGUCAACUAGCUCAGUGGCAAUUUUUCUUGCAUGCCUUGGUCUAACAGUUCUUCCAGUAAAUAUUGUUGUUGGCAACUAUAUCAGCAACAUGUUUGAAGACAGGCAAAUUUUGCUGGCAUCUGAAAUUAUAGUGUGCAUAGGAAUACUGCUAAGCUUCCAUAUAAUAAUUCCAUAUUCUGUGCCCCAAUAUGUCUGCUCGGCACUCAUCACAUUUGUAGCUGCUGAAGUUCUUGAAGGUGUCAACCUAUCUCUGUUAUCUCGGGUCAUGUCAUCCAGGCUCUCUCGUGGGACCUACAAUGGUGGACUACUUUCAACAGAAGCAGGGACCUUGGCUCGGGUGGUCGCUGAUGGCACUAUUACACUGGCUGGGUACUUGGGUGAAAGCAAGCUCUUGAAUGUCACCUUACUCCCUUCCCUCUUCAUCUGCAUAAGCUCCAUAAUUGCCACCUUCUUCACCUACAACUCUCUCUAUUGAUAAAUUUCCACUGCACAAAACUGCCCUUGAUCACCUAGCGUCUCCAGAUCUCUAUCCGAUUUUUUCCCAUCAAGGGACCUAGCCUAUUUUGUCAUUGUCAAUGGUGUACACAAAGCUAGUUCAUUGGUUGGCUCAGUAACAAGUGUUCUCAAUCUUAUUUAUGGAGGUCCCAUUGAUUGCAAAUUCUGCCAUCAAUUAUGUGCGACUAAUAUGUCCACCUGUCAUACGUUUGGGUAUCCAUGGAAGAAGAUGUUGCGUGCUUUUGAGAGCUUAAGCACAUAUCACAGAGGAGAGAAUUGUGGCUCUCUAUUCAUCUAGGAAUUUAUUUUCAGGGUCUUUAGUUUUCUAGGACUUGAAGUUACACUGAACAAUUGUUAGCAUGUGCUUUUUACUUUUCUUGAUGGCGGUGUUGUUUGGACAGUCCAAAAGAAAGGUCGUUAUUGGAAGGCCUCGAUAAGGAAGCUGAUUUGAUUUCUGCGCUACAGUCCACCAAAGGACAACUCAAUGAAUGUAGCCACUUAUUGGUGAGCAAAGAUUUGUAUCAUUCACUUCCAAAUAUCCAAUGUAUUUGUAGCAGUAUAGAGAAUAAAAGUAUUUUUAUGCGUUUGUUAUA